AUGAAGUCUUUAUCUUCAGUAUCACCGUCUCAACCGCAUGCUAUCGCGAAAUACUCCUUUAACGGAUCUCAUGUCGAUGAACUGUCGUGUGCAGCUGGAGACACCGUUGUUCUGAAACGUGACGUCGACGAACAAUGGAUCUACGGUAUGAACAAUCGUACGGGUGCUCAUGGUAUCAUUCCACUAUCAUUUUUGGAUAUUCGAGUGCCAUUGAGUUCUGGAUAUGGUUCAUCUAACCAAGUUAUAGCUACUGCUAUCUACGAUUUUCAGUCUGAUACUCCCGGAGAUCUGUCCUUCCGAGUGAAUGAUCAAAUCACAGCAACCGAAAGAGUUGGUCCUGAUUGGCUGAGAGGAAGGUUAAAUGGUCGAGAAGGAAUUUUCCCCGCAAAUUUCGUCUCCUGUCCCGGGAUAAAUAACCUGCCUUUGGCACAGCCUGUGACCCAGUCUCAACCCUUAGAACAGAUGACCGCUGCCUACGACUAUUCGUCAGGCGUAGCUGGUGAUUUGGAGUUCAAAGCUGGAGAUACAAUACAAGUGAUAGCACAUUUGGAUCAGGAUUGGAUACGAGGUCGAGUAAACGGGAUGGAGGGUUUGGCUCCACUAUCAUUUUUGUCCCCUUAUGGGACUCCAGUGAAGAGUCCGAAAACUCGAGGGAUUGCAGCCAUAGCAGCUCUCGGGGGCACGGGAAGGGUAGUAACCGCGAUUGCGGAUCACAGCACAGAUAACCCAGAUAUGCUC